UCAGAUGGGUGCUGCCUGCUGUCUUCUCAUCGUUUACAUGCUCUGUUUGGUGGAAGCUAAGCCAAAAUACGUUUCUCAAGUAUUGGAAGCAAAAUGGCAAUCUACACCUCUACUGCUAGAAGCCAGUGAAUACAUAGCUAAGGAAGGUAAUGACCAGUUCUGGGCCUUUGUCAACGAUGUUGCUCGUCUUAAAGUCUCAGAUGUCAAAUCUGAUUCUGACCAGUCACACUAUCACCUGAUACAGAAGCUGGCCAGCAAACAGCUCAGCCCCAUACAGCUUAACCUGCUCAAGUUCUCCCUGUCCCUAAGGGAGUACUCCCCCACCGUGGAGAUGUACAAUCAGAUUGCCAGAGAAAAUGAAAAAGCUGAGCAGUGUUCGACAUUUGCCGUCGUCCAUGGGGAGACAACUUGUGAUGCGAAGAAAGUGAAAAAUCUGAUAAAGUCAGCUGAAUCUAGACCUAAGCCACCUGUGUAUACACUGGACCACGUGUACCCAGGCCAGAACCGCGAUGUUGUUGUUGUGCUGUAUGCAGAGCUGGGUACAGAGGAAUUCAAACAGUUUCACUCUAUCCUACAGGAGCUGGCUGCCGAGAAGAAGAUCAGCUAUAUUCUGAGGCACUACACACAGAAGCUUCCCGACAAGAAGGUUCGACUGUCAGGGUAUGGCGUGGAGCUGGCCAUCAAAAGUACUGAAUACAAGGCAAAGGACGACACCAAAGUCAAAGAUGAAAAAGAUAAAGAUAAAGACGAGGCAGAUGAAGGGGAGGAUGAAAUUCAGGGAUUUAUUUUCUCCACUCUCAAAGAGAAAUACCCAGAUAAGAAGAAGGAGUUAAGGGAACUGAAAAUGCACUUAUCUGACACAGCUACAGAGUUGUCUCCCCUUAAAGUCUGGCAGUUGCAAGAUUUGAGUCUUCAGGCCGCCCAGAGGGUUGUGUCAGCAGAUGCAUCGGAUGCCCUCAACCAUCUUACCCAGAUAAGCCAGAACUUCCCACAGCUGGCCAGGUCAUUGGUCAGACAGUCUGUGAAGUCAGAACUGAGAGAAGAGAUACACAAAAACCAGAUGGAUUUUGACACAUACCACAAUUUGGGUGCAGGUGAAUCCGCCAUGUUCCUGAAUGGUUUGCCUGUUGACCUUGAAAUUUAUGACAUCUUCACCUUGUUAGGGGUCAUGAGGUCAGAGGCCAAGGUCAUGGAGGGACUUUUCUCAUUGGGAUUAAGGGGGGACCGUUUAAACCAGAUGUUGAAAUUAGACCUGAAAACAGAGGAGAGUUACGCCCUAGACACACGUCACAGUGCUGUACAAAACAUUAACGACCUGGAGAAAGACAAGAAGUACAAAACAUGGCCGUCUUCCACUCGGGACAUUCUCCAGCCCACAUUCCCCGGAAUGUUACGUCACAUCGCUAAGAACUUCUUCAACUUGGUUUUUAUCGUUGAUCCGAUGGAUAAGAACUCAAGAGAACUCCUCAAGAUGGCUGAAGCCUUUUACGUUCACAGUGCACCAAUGAGGAUUGGUAUUAUUUUUGUGGUGGAUUUCUCCAAGGACACAAACGGGUUUAUGGAUGCAGGCGUUGCCCUCACUCGAGCCUUUGAUUUCAUCAAGACAGACGAGAAACCCUCCAGGGCUCUUUCCUUCAUCACAGAUGUGUACCAGAAGGCAGGUGCUAACCCAGUCAGUGUGGAGGAUGUCAUUGCAGAGUUCAAAGGUCGCUACAAGGACACUGACAUGGACAUGGUGUUCGGAGACACGGAUGAUUACGAUGAUGUCCGACAGAGCUGUGGUGACUUCCUGAGGCAAACAGGGCUCCAAGAGUUUCCGCAGGUUUUGCUGAACGGGGUCCCUUUGAAAAGGGAGAGUCUGAACGAGGAUGGGUUUGAAGAGGUGGUGGUGACAGAGGUGCUAAGGGUGACACCCAUUCUGCAGAGAGCUGUUUAUAAUGGCGACUUGACAGACAACAUGGACGUGACGGAUUGGCUGAUGGACAGGGAGAAUGUGAUGCCAAGACUCAACUCCAGAGUCCUCUCCCCUUCCACUCAAUUUCUGGACUUCACAGAGAACAUAGACGGUGAUAUUUUCAAUUCUGAAGACUUUGAGCAGCUGACACCUUUGGACAUGUCCUCAGUUAUCGCACAGAACAUGAACUACCUCGUCAAAAAGGAAGAUGAUUCUGCAAAGGCUGUGACAAUUUGGGUCGUGGCUGACCUGGAAACUGCCAAGGGGAGAGAACUGGCUUACUCAGCAAUCAAGAGUCUGAAAUCUACACCAGAAAUGCGGCUGGGAUUUAUCUUCAAUCCAGUAUCACUGGCUGCCAAGGAGCUCAACAUCAACAAGGCUGUACACGUUGCCAUGGCAACAUUAAGUGGCCACAUUGCCAAGAGCUUUGUCACCAAGUUAGUGAAAGAGGAGAAUGUGGCUGCUCUGAACAGCGGAGCGAAAACUCUCAUUGACCUGGAAGUCAACGGUAUGGAUAUGAAGGCUUACCUGGCUGCUUUGAAGAAAGAAUCCAAUACGGUUUUGAAAAAUCACAAAAGUUUUGUGGAGAAAGCAAUAAAGUUUGACGUGGGCGUGCGGGGAGUAAUAGCCAAUGGUAGGGUUUUGGGACCAUUUGGAGAAGAUGAAAAUUUUAUUCAAGAAGAUUUCACUUUGCUGGAGAAGUACACAUUCCAGACUUCAGGCAUGAAGAUUCAGAGGAAGCUCACGUUUGAGGACACUCCCUGGCAAGAAGCCAGUGAACAAAUCAUGAAGACUGGAGCCCUUCUGUCAAGCAGACGGCAGAGUGAUACUAGCAGAAAAGAGCUCCACUUCAAAGGGAAACAACACAGUGUUGUGCACAUUAAGGCGGAUGUUGAUGCUCCCACAUUUGAGGUAGAGGCCAUAUUGGAUCCAUUGACCAGAGAGGCUCAGAAAAUGGCUCCAAUUUUGGCAGUGUUGAAAGAAGUGGCAAAUGUCAACAUUCGUAUAUUCAUGAAUUGUCGGGACAAGCUGUCGGAGAUGCCAUUGAAAAAUUUUUAUCGCUAUGUCCUGGAGCCAGAGAUCCGGUUUAAAGUAGAUGGAAGCUAUUCAGCCGGGCCGUCAGCAAAAUUCACUGACAUGCCGCAGAAAUCUCUGCUGACCCUCAACAUGGACCCCCCAGAGAGCUGGCUGGUGGAGUCUGUCAUGUCUCCAUAUGACCUGGAUAAUAUUCUACUGGAAGAGGUUGCCACAGGUGUGAAUGCUAUAUUUGAGCUGGAGUACUUGUUAUUAGAAGGUCAUUGCUAUGACAGCGUUUCAGGCCAACCUCCACGAGGUCUUCAGUUUGUGCUGGGUACAAAUUCCACUCCUGCUGUCAUGGAUACCAUUGUCAUGGCUAACUUGGGUUAUUUCCAGCUGAAGGCAACACCUGGUGUGUGGUUUUUGCGACUUCGAGAAGGAAGGUCAUCGGACAUCUAUGACAUAUCAACGCAUGAUUUCACGGACACCCCUGAAGGGUCUUCAGAUCUUGUGGUUGCCAUCAACAGCUUUAAGAGUAAAAUCAUCAAAGUUAGAGUGGCCAAAAAGAAAGAGAAACUGAAAGAAGAUCUGCUGAAAGAUGAGGAAGAAAAACCAGGCAUUUGGGAUUCCAUUUCAAACACCAUAACUGGUUCAGGCACACCUGAGGAGACAGACAGUACUCUGAACAUCUUCUCUGUGGCCUCAGGUCAUCUGUAUGAGAGGUUUCUCAGGAUUAUGAUGUUGAGUGUACUGAAGAACACCAAGUCUAAAGUCAAGUUUUGGUUUUUGAAGAAUUACCUCUCCCCUACCUUUAAGGAUUUUAUACCAUACAUGGCUGAGCAUUACGGUUUUGAGUAUGAGCUUGUCCAGUACAAAUGGCCGCGCUGGCUUCAUCAACAGACAGAAAAACAGAGGAUUAUUUGGGGUUACAAAAUUUUAUUUUUGGAUGUUUUGUUCCCUCUUCACGUGAAAAAGUUUAUAUUUGUGGAUGCUGACCAGAUCGUGCGGACAGAUUUGCAGGAGCUCCACGACCUUGACCUUGAAGGGGCUCCCUACGGAUACACACCUUUCUGUGACAGUCGUAAAGAAAUGGACGGAUUUAGAUUUUGGAAGUCUGGGUAUUGGGCUAGCCAUUUAGGUCAUAGAAAAUAUCAUAUCAGCGCUUUAUAUGUAGUUGAUUUAAAAAAGUUCCGGCGCAUUGCUGCAGGGGAUCGUCUGAGAGGGCAGUAUCAGGGCCUGAGUCAGGACCCCAACAGCCUGUCCAAUUUGGACCAGGAUUUACCUAAUAAUAUGAUCCAUCAAGUGUCCAUUAAGUCUUUACCUCAGGAGUGGCUCUUCUGUGAGACGUGGUGCAGUGACGAAGAACUAGCACGAGCCAAAACUAUAGAUCUGUGUAAUAAUCCGUUAACAAAAGAACCAAAGUUAAAAGCUGCCAUGAGAAUUGUGCCAGAAUGGAAAAAUUACGACUAUGAAAUAAAAUUAUUUUGGGAUUCUGUAUACGGUACUAAUACAGCGGAGGAUAUAGAAUAUGAAAAACCAUUCCAAGAAGAUUCAUCAAAUGUUACACCGAGGACCGAUUUAUAAUAAAGCCCAAGUUUAGUUUAUUACAUGCCAAGUGCUCAUCUGGCACCUUCACAUUUUCACACCUUUGAUAUCCUCUUAUAUACAAUCACAUACAUGUACUUGCACACCUGUGUCAUUCCAAAAUCCAUGUCAUAAUGUCCACUGUGUAAAUAAAUGGUUAGAACUGAGAUUUUUAUUUAUUGUUAAUAGGUAUUUAAAUUUGUAAAGUUUACAAGGUUUUAUGAGCCAGAUUUUGAACUUAUGAAGUGAGGUUAUUGUUCAUCCUACGUGUUUUGUAUGGAAGAGGAAUGGUAUCAUACCAGUUUUCUUCAGGCACGGUAAAAGAGGCUGUCAAGAGAUGUUUGGUUAACUAAUCCAUCUUACAUGUAGCUUAUCAAAUCAAUUUUUCUUUAUUCUCCAAGAACUUCUCAAAUUAUUGCUUUUCAAAAAAUCUCUGACUCGUAAGGGUACUACUUAUAGUGUAAAAAUAAUUCUAAAGGUUAAAAAAGUUAUAAUGCAAGCGACAUUAUUAAUUUUACGAAAAUUAAUUACCGAUGUUGAACUGUAACACAUGCAAAGACAAGGCCGAUAUUGUGUGAAAGGUAAUUAUUUGGGCUAUUCUAAAAUAGCAAACUUUCUAUUUAGAUUUGCGCGGAUCGUAUUUACGCCAAUAAUUUGCAGGUGUAAUCUCCUAAUUUUUAUGCUACCUUCUUUCUUCAUCCUUUUCGCAUGUUCACCAAAGGAAGUUUUAAGAAUGUGGUGAAAGCAUUUCUGUGUUAAGACACUACUUCGCUGGCCUAACGGUUAGAGCGUCCGCCUCGAAAUGAUAUUUGUUACUUGCCGCUCAGCACCAAUAGGCUAGUACAAGGAAACAGGAUUGGCUGCCCCCGGUGGUAGUAAAAUGUGGGUGAGGUGUCAUGUCUGGUGUCUUUGACAUGACACUUCAGUGGCGGCAACACUUUGGCAGCAUUGACUCGCCCUUCCACAAGAAAACACAGUAUAUGUACACUAACCUAAUGACUCCUCGUCGUCAUAUGCAGAAAAAUUUUUAAGUACAACGUAACAGUACCCAAACAUACUUACAUACACCCAUAUAUAUUUUCACUAACUGUUUUCAAAACUCUACAUACUGUCUCGAGACCCCCUCCCCCCCCCCCCCCCCACCCCCCACCAAAAAUAUUUUCUGUCAAGUCCUGAUAUCUGCAAACCCACAUAGCAUGAACUAUCUUCUGAAUCGGGGGCUUGUACUCAAGAACAUUUCACUUAUAUGACAGCGGCCAGCAUUAUCUUGGGAGGAAACCGGGCAGAGCCCGGGGGGAAACCCACGACCAUCCGCAGGUCGCUGACAAAACCUUCCCACUUACGACCGGAGAGGAAGCCAGCAUGAGCUGGACUUGAACUCACAGCGACGGCAUUGGUGAGAGACUCCUGGGUCAUUACGCUGUGCUAGAGCGCUAACCUACUGAGCUAUAUGUGGAGAAUUAAUUAUAAAUCAUGUAUCAUUCAAUAUAACCGAACUAAAUUGUCUACAGAUACUCUACAGAUAGGUAAAAUAAUAUAUGGUCGAAAAAAAAGGAAAAGACCUAACUUACUAAACAAUUAGUUUUAUCGCUCUGUUUCAUGAGGAAAAGAUAACUCAGAAACAUGAUGUACACAGUUUGUACAAACAAUUUUUUUUUUCAACCAGUGUUAUACAGUGGGAGUUUUACUUACUGUUGGCACAGAUUCACUGUUCUGUAGCAGAUUUAUUCUUGAUAACUCUUCUUGAUAAUGAUCUGAUUGAAUUGAAUGGUUAUUGACCAUACGUAAAUAUAUGUAUAAUCACAUAUCUCGUAAAUGGCGGGAAUAAAGUCCGAGGGACUUGUUCUAUCCCUGACUCAUUAUUAUCAAAUAAUAACAAUACAUGCUUGGUGAGGAGCGGUAAUUAUUGAACAAUUGUAUUAACAAAAAACAGAUUUCAGGGAAAAAAUUAACAUAGAAAUGUAACACUGCAAAAACCUAAGUUAACUAUACAGUAGUGUCUGGGAGAUUGUAUGACUAAUGUGGAAUAUAAAUGAGGUAGCCAAUUUGGCAAACAAAAAUUCUGGGCUUUUCCCACAUCAGAGUUUUGCUUUAAGGUUAAGCACGUGCAGGGAAGGGGAUAUUGUGAAUGUGUUUUUAUUUUCCGUUUUAUGGAUUGACUGAAAUUGCUUGAGGACUUUGCUCUACACUAUUUCAUAUCAGAUCUCUUCAUUCCUUACUGUAUAAACCACGUGGUCACAUCUGAAAAUUCAAAAAAUAAUUUCACUGCUUGGUAGCAGCGCAGAAGGAUGCAUCAAGUGGAAUCGGUGAAAAUGUAAACUUUUUUGUAGCUGCAAUUAUAACCAAGGAAGAAUUUUUUAAAACACCACCUCGGCAUGUUCUACCAGCAUUACUGCAUUAUUAACUUUGCAUAUAGGAC